AUACCGCGCGCCGCGAUUGCAGUUUAACAGCUCGUCUCGCCCGCGAACUUCCUUCACUCUUCUUUAGAUUAUAGUGUUAUGAAUACGAAUAGUGACAGUGGACUUACCCUAAAAAUCUGACCUCAGCGACAUUUGUGGAAUAGUGCAGUGCGAAUUUUGCCCGCUGGACUUAUACCUGCAUCAAAAUAUCGCUAAUCUGUCAUAAGCAUCGAUAAAGUUAAACUCAAGUGGACUGGAAGUACCUGAUGACGAAAAUACAAAGACCACAAGGUCUUAGAGAAUUCUUUGGAUUCCAAAAGAAAAUUGAAACUGCAUAGGAAGCUUGAAGACCUAAAUUGAAAGCACUGAUUACAAAAUUCUAAUCGUAUAAGAAGGAAUUAUUGAUAUCACAGCAGAUAUCGUUUUGUAGAUAGGAGAGAAGAUACAUAUCUGUUCUUUCCAAGCAUAUUUGGAAAGAGUCUUGCUGUUUUGCUGCUUUAACUUUGCACGGCCAAAGAUGUUGAAAGGAUGGAAGUUGGCGUUGUCAAAACUAUUCUUCAUCCCCCAACGGUACAUCCUUGGCAUCAUGGGGUUCCUCGCCGUAGUAAAUGCUUACACGAUGAGGGUGUCUCUGUCAAUAGCAAUAACAGAGAUGGUGGCACCAUCAAACAGUUCCUAUAUUGACGAUCCCGAUGCUUGCAUGGUGAACGAUACGCGCUCAAAAGCUUCAGUAACGAAUAGAGAUAUCCUCUAUGAUUGGGACGAAAAAACGCAAGGGCUAAUCUUAAGCUCGUUCUACUGGGGCUACGUAAUCAGCCACCUUCCAGGAGGAAUACUUUCGGAGAAGUUUGGCGGUAAAUAUUCCUUAGGAUUGGGGAUACUUUCUACAGCCAUUUUCACCCUUAUCACGCCUUGGGUCAUCUACGCUACUGACGGCAAUUGGAAAGCUUUGGUACUUCUGAGAGUGAUAGAAGGACUUGGAGAGGGUACAACAUAUCCUGCUCUAACUGCUCUGCUAGCAAAAUGGGUACCUCUUGGUGAAAGAGCGAAAAUUGGAACUUUAAUUCCAAAUUUUCCAGGAAGGCAUUUUUAUCAAAAAUGCGGCGUAUAG